UCUACGCUAGCUCGGAACCCUAGGAAGACGGACAAGGCAACCUAUGCCCACCUUCUCCAAGAGGCUCUAAGAGAGAUGGAGGCCGAAACACCAAACAACAAUACUGCUUUGAAAAAGUACACGAAUACUAUCCAAAGCACAAUAAACAAUGCCUAUAAGAAAUUCUGUCCUCUGAGGCUGAUCCAACACGAUCAGACGACUACCGCAUGGUGGUGUCACGAGUUAAAUCACCUCAGGAAGAUGGCUAGGAAAUCUUUUAAUGAGGCAAGAAUUACAAAACUCAAAGAGGACUGGGAUACUUACAAAAAAAUCGUCAGACAAAAACAGAGAGAUGCGUGGAGAUCCUACUCCAAAGAAACCGAAGAUUUCCCGAGGCUUCAAAAAGAUCUCUCAAAAGAUUCACACCGAAGCAACCAAGGUUAA